AUGAGGCACCGAAAUCUAUUAAAAAUUUUGAGCAUUUGUUCCAGUGUGGAUUUCAAUGGUGAUGAAUUCAAAGCUUCAGUAUAUGAAUUUAUGGCCAAUGGAAACUUGGAUAAAUGGUUGCAUCAAGUUGGAGUGGGAGACCAUGAGCCGCCAGAAAAACACAAAAAUCUUAAACUAAUUCAGAGAUUGGACAUUUCCAUUGAUGUUGCUUCUGCACUUGAGUAUCUUCAUUGUGGUUGUGAGUCUACAAUUAUUCAUGGUGAUCUAAAGCCGAGUAAUGUUCUUUUGGAUGAUGAGAUGACGGCUCAUAUUGGAGAUUUCGGGUUGGCAAAAAUUAUUUCUACUAUUUUAAAGUAUGGCAUGGAUGACAUGCCUUCCACACUAGGGGAUGUAUACAGCUUUGGGAUUCUUUUACUGGAGAUGUUUACAAGUAAGAAACCAACCAAUGAUAUGUUUAAGGAUCAUUUAAAUAUGCAUAUCUUCGUUAAGAAUGCUUUGCCUGAACGAGUGAUGGAGAUUGUGGAUCCCUACAUCCUAUUGGAGCAUAAAACAACAAGGUGGCUUAACGACUGCAUGGUUUCCAUUCUAAGAAUUGGGGUUGCAUGUUCAAUGGAAUCACCAAGAGAUCGACUGGAAAUGGGGAGUGUUAUUAGUGAAUUGCAUAAGAUCAAAAAUACUUACAUGAAUGCAGGUUGA